AUGUCAUUGUGGACGCCGUACGCGUUAGAACCCGCUCUGGAUUUGAGUAAAAAAUCAAUAAAGCGAGAACAAGAAACUCCACCAGCACUCGAAAGUCCGCCUUUGAGUACCGCAUCACCUACAUCUAUGAACUUCGAUUAUAGGGAGUGCUCUAUUUCACAAGUGCAGCAGUGUGUACCAUUGAACCAGAUUUCGCCAUAUUAUGUGAACUAUUCUCCACUACCGACCGUUUAUGAAGGCAAUGAAAUACAUCCAAACCCUGCCCUGUCACCACCAGUGUCAGUAGAAUCCUUUGACGCAGAGUCACUAUGUAAUGAUGUGGAAUACUUGGAGUUUGAAAAAGAUGCCAUAAGAGCGAUGGCCGAAAAGAAUGGCGGAACAUUAUUGGGACAUAAUCCACGAAUGCGAAGAGCUAUACAAACUAAUGAAGCAGUAGAUGAUACAUAUAGAAAACAGAGACAAAGAAACAACUUCGCUGCUAAACAGAGCAGAGAUAGAAGAAAAAUGAGGGAAGUCCGUUUGUCCUUACAAACGACGUAUUUAAAGAAGAAAGUAACUGAACUACGAGCUAGGCUAUCUGCCGGUGUUUGCUCGCGUUGUCACCAGGUUCGUGAAUACUGA